AUGAUUACUAGUAUCUUGAUCCCCGCUAAGCUUACCAAAACCUCCGCCACCCUGCCUGUGGCUGAAGGCACCUUGAACGUUACUUUUACGUCUGAGGAGCUCCAGGACUUCUUCAGCCAUUAUGCUAAGUCCACUUCUAGCCCUGAGGCUAGCGAGCUUUUCCAGGCCAAGAUCAGCAAGGCUCUUGAGCUUCGUUCUCUUGCUGGAAAUGCUCCUUCGAACCCUUCCGAAGAAGAGGCUAGUGAUCCUACUGGUUCUUCUGAGGAAACCACUCUCUACGAGAGUCUGGACAAUGUCAAGCUCUCUUCCGACGAGGAGGUGGAUUCUGAAAUUGACAUUAGCCAGGGCAGAUGCAAUGUUGCACAAAACGACGCUGAUGCCGCUUUCAUGGACCUCUGUGGGUUCCAUGCUGACCUUGUGAUGACGAAGGCUUUGGCUAUCAAGUCUUCUGAUUCCACUUCCUUAUCCGAGGCCCUUAUCGAGGACACCACUCCCCUUUCCUCGUCUUCCCCAAAGAGAAACUACUUUGGCAUUCAGUCUUCUGUUUUCUCGUCCAAGGACCUCGUGAACUCUGAGCUUCUCAGUCGCUUUUCCAACAAGGCUGAGAAGAAGCUCCAGGUGGGUGCCUUGUCGCCUUACCACCACUUCAUGAAGCUUUUCAAGCUUUUUGAAAUUUACAGAGCCUGCUACCAAUAUCUUCCCCAGGUGGCCCAGGCUGUGAGACUGUGCUACUCUCCAGUCUUCCCUGUAUCCGUUGUUGAGCUUACUGAUGCUAGCAUCAGAUUUGCACCACCCAACGUUACAGAGCCUCUGUCUAUUUACAGACAGAUUGUUCGGGAAAAGAUUGCAUUUGCUCGUUGGACCAGAACUCACAUCAGGGUUCCGGAAACGCAGCCUAUCGUUGUCCCCGACAACAUGCAAUUGGUCAAGGUUCUUCCCUUCCGUGACCUCACCAAGCUUCCCCAGCUCCUCGACUACUACCACUCUUACUGGAAGCACCUUCCCCAGGUUUCCAGAGCAGUCGAGGUUUUCCAUGCCUCUGCCUCUCAGUCUGUCUGUGAGCUCAAGGGCACCAAGCUUGUUUGUCAAGCCCCAGCUUUGCCAGACUGCCAGAUUGAAUUGUCUGGUUGCAGUGCUACCACGAGCUCCCGCUCUAUCCAGUCGUUUCUCCGCUCGAGAAGCCGGAAGAGGGGUCUGAGCCAGCGCAAGCAGAGAAGACACAGAAGAUGUCACAAGUCUUAG